GCAUCACAUAAACAACUAACAUGGCCGAAAAUCCACCAAAAGAAAAAAAGCGGAAAGUAUCCGGAGAAGAAAUUGAACGAGAUGCCUUGCAGAGUUUUAGAGGAUUCAAAAUAAAGCGAAUAUUGAAUCAAAAUUUGUCAUCUAAAUCCGUGUUCUUAUUGGGCCACAUCGAAUUAGAACCACAUGGAUCUGCAGGCAGUGCAGCAGGUGCUGGUGAACCGAGUGGAUCCGGAGGAACAGUCGCGGGAGGAGCUGCCCCGACUGGCACAGGCGACGAAGCAGGUGCAGCGGAAGGCAGUGGCAUUGAUGACCAAUCCCGGCUUCAGGCCGUUGUAUUGCUUGAGAAGACUGCAUUUACAGAAGACCUGUUACCCAAUUUGAUGUCAGAAAAAUCUGCUCUCAAUCGUUCCAUGCAGAAUGAUAUUUACGGUGUAUAUGAAUGCUUUCCACCCAAGGAAUUGUCGGGAAUAAAAACAACUUUGAUAUAUCCUGCUACUGAGAAACACAUCCAGAAAUACUCUGCUCAAGAUGUUCAUCUCAUCAAUGAAUCAUACGAGGAUUACAUAAAUAUUACACUACCAUACAUCGAAGAGAAGCAGUUUAAUAUUCAGUGGGUGUAUAACAUCUUGGAGAAGAAAGCUGAAUCAGAACGCAUUGUCUUUGAAGAUCCAGAUCCUGAGAUAGGCUUUGUUAUGUUACCAGACAUGAAGUGGGAUGAGAAACAAAUCAAUAAUCUGUAUCUUAUUGUCAUCAUUCAUCAGCGAGGUAUCAAAAGUCUACGUGAUCUCACUGCAUCUCAUCUUCCACUGCUGCGUAAUAUCCAGGAAAAAUGUUUGAACUGCAUCCAAGACAAGUAUGGUAUACCAGCAGAUGAACUGAGAGCAUAUCUCCACUAUCAGCCUUCCUACUACCACCUCCAUGUACAUUUUACCCAUCUGAAAUUUGAUGCACCUGGUACUAACAUUGGUCGCGCCCAUCUCUUAUCUUCAGUCAUUGAGAACAUUAAGCUGAUGUCUGAUUAUUACCAGAGGAAAGCUCUUGCAUAUAUCCUCAGAGAGAAUGAUGGACUCUUAGCAAAGUUUAGAGAAGCAAGAUGUGGGAAUGGAAAGUAAAAAAUGGAGUGAAUCGCUAUGUUUACUUUUUGUUGGGUACUACAUGUAAACUAGCAUAAGUCAAUCUUUAAGUCAAAUAUUGGCCAAAGUCAAAGUAAAUUUUUUAGACCAGAUUUUACUUGUUUUACCCUUUUUCUAGGUUGAAUUUCUUUCCAGUUGAGGAAAUUUCUGUGGUCCUAAAUAUAGAUUUGACCCGGACAAAGGUACCAAUAACUUGAAUAUUACUUGAAAAAAAUCUUACGUAAAACUGUUAGAUAUCACAAUAAAUAACUUAUUUUGAAACAUUCUGUUUGCGCAGUACCAGAGGUCUUUCUCAUACACAAAAUGGCGAACAUGAUAAAUCAUAUACAUGUAUUACCAAUAAAACUAUGGGAAAAACUGUCAUUGAUUUGCAAUUUGUUUUACAUUUGAAAUUUUAAUUUGUGACAGUUCCAUACAUACUUACAUGUAUAAGACAUUGAAAGUGAUUGCAUUUAUUGUAAUUCAGAUGGGAGCACAUGCCAUCCAGGGUUUAACACAUGGAAAUCGGAGAUUGAGUUUUAUACCAUCAAUGUGUCCAUGAACAGCAAAUAACAAGUUCUGAUUGAAAUGUUCACGUUUUAUUCAAAUAUGUCUCAAAAUGAUGAGAAAAAAUUAUCUUAAGGUACAAUAUUACAGAUCUUUGUAUACUUUCUAUCAUCUAUUAUAUGCAUGCAUAUAUGAUUAACUGAUUUAUUGUAGAAUUGGAAGAUUCGACUUUCAGCUCCAUUGAUUAAUUCUUGCCAAAUUUGGGAAACCAAGUUGUAUUUAUAAAAAUUUCAUACAUUUUAAUGGUUUGUAUUAGAAUUACACUUUACUUGUAUGGCAAGUUUCCCCAAGUCUGCACAGUCCCCCUUGUCUGCGCACAUGCAUAACUGAGCAAUUCUAGUAAAACAAGAUGCGCAACAAACACAUUACGCGAAUCCUGUGUUUAAAAAAUACCCCACCAGAUUAUAACACAGGAACUCCAUUGCCUUGCGUGUUGUGUCAAUGGGAGAUCAGGUGGGGUAUUUGAAACCCCAAUUUCAGAUUUUGGGAGAGCUCUUGUUUAAACUGGGGUGGGGUUCAUCUGACUGCUGGUAAUGCCUUGCGUGUUAGUCAAUGGG